CCUGGUCGGUUCAUUUUAGCAGUGACCAAGCAAAAGAUUUGAAGCUCUUAAGAGAGGGACUAACUGGGUUGUCUCCAAAAGUUUGACUGACGAUUCUCUUUUGAUCUGUCCGGAGAUGGGUGUUCGAUAACCACUAUGUCCACUAUGUUUCUUUUCCAUUUGAAUAGGUUGCAAUGUGUCCUCCAGCUGUUUCUCCUGCUGAUAUUGCUGUUUAUUGGACUGAUGCGGGGCUUAUUUUGUCUUUGGAGGAGAUCAUACGCGGAUGCCCUCUCCCCGGCAAUGUGUUUGCUGAUGUAAAUCCUUACCAGUGCAUGCCCUCAGAUUUACCUGAUGGCAUCUGGUACCUUAUACGCUCAGAGGAGAAAAAAGAUGCGGAAUUUGGAUUCUGGAGGACCAAAGGGGAGGCCUGUGUGAUAUUCACGAAUUCUUCUAUUGCUGGUUGGAGAACUACUCUUGAAUUCUAUGAAGGCCGUGCUCCUCUUGGACAAAAAACUAAUUGGGUGAUGCAAGAAUAUUGGAUAACUCAUAAGGGAGCUUGCGAGAGUAGCAAACCAAAGGAAUCCAUUUCACUGUGCAGAGUCUUUCUUUGUGAUGGACAAAGUCCAAAGCAUGAAACACGCGACAAGAAGGGGGGUGUAGAGAAUGCUGGUGGAAACCACUUCAAUUCAAUACCAUCAGCUGUUCCAAAUGCUGAUAACUACUCUGGAGAAGGUCAUAUAAGCAAAUCCCAGGUUAAGAGUAGGGAUGGGACAAGAAGAUCAUUGACUGUGGGUGAGAGACUUCAAGAGCUUCCUCUAGAAAAUCUGGCUGAAGAUGAUUAUAUUUUAAGAGGCGACUUUUUGGAACUGGAUGAUCUUGCUGGUCCAGAAUCACCUUCUUCUAGUUCAGAUAAUUCGAGUUGUCUGUCCUUCUUCUCAGAUGAACGUUUUGAUUCAUCGUCUCUGUUACAACAGCUAGAUGAUGAAGUUAACCAAGAGUUGCAGGGGAAGAAUGCAAAUUUUCAGUUCAGUGUCUCAGCAUCUAUCAGCAGACCAAACAAGAUGCUUAUGCGUCCACCCACUUUAGGAUCUCUAAUUAGUGGCAAAUGGAGCAAUUUACCAAUUGAAAGAACCCCGAAAUCUGAUGGUUCAGCUUCUGAGGAAACAUUCCUUGACAAAAGAGUCCCAAUACAUGUUGCCGAAAGCUGGAAAGCAGAACCCAAGAGUGAAGGUGCAUCAAAUUCACAUAAAGCAGAAGCAUCAGCCAGAAGACCUGAAGCUCUUUCGAGAGCAGAAAAGAAGGCUCUUGUUGGCAGAAUGAAAAGGCUUAAAAGAGUCCCAAUAGUUGUUGUUGAAAGCCAGAAAGCAGAACCCAAGAGUGAAGGUACAUCAAAUUCACAUAAAGUGGAAGCAUCAUCCAGAAGACCUAAAGCUGUUUCGAGAGCAGAAAAUAAGGCUCUUGUUGGCAGAAUGAAAAGGCUUAAGGAUAAGUACCUGUGCUUCGUGCCAUUCUAGAUUUUCUUUACUGAUGUUACCCAUGUAACAUAUAUAUAUACACACAUAUAUAUAUUUAUAUUUAUAUUUAUAGAUGUAUGUUCUGCCACAUCCCCACGAUUGUUAGUCCGAGAUUUACAAUUACAUCAAGCAAUGACCCCCUGAUCUGUGUAUAAAAAGGAGUAUAAGUAGAUAGAAAAUGCACUUUGUGGCGGAUGUAUCCCUAUUCUGACUGGAUCAAGCACUGCAUUUUAUAAUAGUAGGAAGUCUUUUAAGUUUCCUCUUAAAUCUCCUUAAUGUACCAAUUUUUGUGCUUUAAUAAA